AUGGAAGCUGGGAAAGCUCUAAUGGUGCUCCUUGGGGAAGGAAGCAAGGUACUUUGGAAGGCAGCUGUAAAGACGGCUUCAGACAUCAUAUUCAGAGACAGGAUGUCGAGAAUGGAGGCUGAAAUGGUCCUGGACGUUACUCCAAGCACGGACAAGGAUAAAGUCAGAGAUGCAUUUCUUAGGAUAUAUUGUUCGAAUUCCAAGGAAAAUGGCGGUUCUCCCUACAUACAAUCAAGGGCACUUGCGGCAUAUACGGUUCUAUCGAACACAAGCCUGGACCCUCCGGAUUGUCCAAGUCCCGAAACUCACCAGGAAGCCAAUGUGAGCAUUCUUUCUGCAAAGAAUAAAAGAACUUAA